CUGAGACACACUCACUAACACCUCGUUGGGGAGACAGCUCGGGGAGGAUUAGAGAUUGAUUAGCUCGAUCACUAGCUAAGAUCGCUGAAGUGAAAGACUUAACAGGUUCUUCUCUCUUGACUUGAGGCGCCUUGCCUAGAGAGGGAGAGAGAGGGAAGAGGAGACGGCAGGAAGAAUGGAAGGGCAGUUUGGAUGGGGCAGAGAGGAGGGAGGGUGGAGGAAGGGGCCAUGGACGGCGCAGGAGGACAAGCUGCUGGUCGAGUACGUCAGGCAGCAUGGCGAAGGGAGGUGGAAUUCUGUCGCCAAGCUGACCGGUCUGAAGCGAAGCGGCAAGAGCUGCAGGCUCCGGUGGGUGAACUACCUGAGGCCUGACCUCAAGAGAGGCAAGAUCACGCCGCAGGAGGAGAGCGUCAUACUCGAGCUGCACGCCCUCUGGGGAAACAGAUGGUCGACGAUCGCGCGCAGCCUGCCGGGGCGGACGGACAACGAGAUCAAGAACUACUGGCGGACGCAUUUCAAGAAGGGCAAGCCGUCCAAGAACAUCGAGCGCGCGCGGGCGCGGUUCCUCAAGCAGCGCCGCGAGAUGCAGAGCCAGCUGCUGCUGCAGCAGCAGGGACAGGACCAGCAGCACCACCAGCAGCAGAGGCAGGCCGGCAACGACCACGACGACGAAGCCGUCGUCAGGGAAGAGGCGUCGUCGCCGGCCGUCUCGCUGGCGGCGCAGCAGCACGAGGAGGACCUGCGGAUGCUGCAGCAGGACAUGGACGACCUGCUGUUCCAGUUCUGCCCCAUGAUAGCCUCCUGCACCUCCUCCUCCUGCGGCCUCCUCCCCGGCGCUGCCACCGCCAGCGCUUCAGCGACGGCGAGCGACGAGGGGUCCAGCGGGGAUCACCAGCUCGACGGCGCCGCCGCCACGUGGGGAUGGGGCAGCCUGUGGAACCUCGACGACGUGGUGGAUGACAUCGUCGACGGCGGUUGGGACUGGGACACCAGCAGCUACCCUUUGCUGCAGGAUCAAGGGCUCGCUUUCUACUAGCAGCUAGCAGCUAGAGCUAGCCUACAAUUUUAUAGCCAUGCUAUAACUAGAUGUUCUUUCCGUGCUGGACUGCUUGCUGCCGCCGCCGUCCGACCUAUGCGUGGAGGGUACACGACACGUAGUGGCUAGAGGGUGAGAGCGAGAGGCCACUGUGAUUGUGUACAUGAUGUGGUGUUGGUGGAUAAGGAUGCAACACCAACUAAAGCCCACUUCGAUCGAGUAGCCUGUCUCCGUGACAUGUUUAGCUCGUCUUAGAACACCUUUUUAGGGGAAUGAGGUAGUUUUUUAUCUCCUUUUGCAAAAAAAAAGGAGAUAUGAGAGGGCAAGAAAGAUGAAGGUGUUGAAAGUGCACCUUAGAUCCUGUACUCUCGUUUUACAUCUACUCAAGUUCAACAAGCAUUUCGAUGCACCAUUUAGUUUCA